AGGAGCCGCCGGCCCGCGCCCACCGUUCUCUCUCGGUGCCGGACCGCGGGGGGCAUGAGCUGCCGCCCCGCGGGGAGCCGCCUUCGCUGACUCGGGGCACCUGGACGCUCACGAGAUGCCUAACCCCAAAAACAGCAAAGGCGGCCGCAAAAACAAGCGCGCCAACAGCAGCGGGGACGAGCAGGAAAAUGGAGCCGGGGCCCUGGCAGCGGCGGGCGCGGCGGGCGCGGUGGCCGGGGGGGCCCUGGCGGCGGCGGCCGGCUGCGGAGCGGCGGCGGCGGGCGCGCCGGGCACCGGGGGCGCAACGGGCGCGGGAGGCGCGGGAGCUGGCGCUGCGAACGCCUUGGCCACCGCGGGGGCUGCGGCCGCGGGCGACGCCAAGAACGAAGCCCCUUGUGCCACACCCCUGAUCUGCAGCUUCGGGCGGCCAGUUGACCUAGAGAAGGACGACUACCAGAAGGUGGUGUGUAACAACGAGCACUGCCCCUACAGCACCUGGAUGCACCUGCAGUGUUUCUACGAGUGGGAGAGCAGCAUCCUGGUCCAGUUCAACUGCAUCGGCCGGGCGCGCAGCUGGAAUGAGAAGCAGUGCCGCCAGAACAUGUGGACAAAGAAGGGCUAUGACCUGGCCUUCCGCUUCUGCUCCUGCCGCUGUGGACAAGGCCACUUAAAGAAGGACACAGACUGGUACCAGGUGAAGCGGAUGCAGGACGAGAAAAAGAAAAAAUCUGGGUUGGAGAAGAACACAGGGAAGCCCCCGGGUGAGGCUGUGGAGGAGGCAAAGAAGUGCAGGCCACAGAACAAGCCCCAAAAAGGCCUGAACCAUGAUCUCCCCCGACGCCAUUCUAUGGACCGGCAGAACUCCCAGGAAAAAGCAGUCAGUGCUGUGCCCUACGGUGCCCGCUCCCCCUGCGCCUCCCCUGGCCAGUCCCCACCCACAGGCUACUCCAUCCUCUCCCCUGCCCACUUCAGCGGUCCCCGCUCCUCGAGAUACCUUGGGGAAUUCCUAAAGAAUGCCAUACAUCUUGAGCCUCAUAAAAAGGCCGUGGCGGGGGGCCACGUGUUCAGAAAUGCCCACUUUGAUUACAGUCCAGCCGGGUUAUCGGUUCACAGGGGGGGACACUUUGAUGCUCCCGUGCAGUUCCUGCGGCGGCUCGAUCUCUCCGAGCUGCUCACGCACAUCCCCCGGCAUAAGUUGAACACUUUCCACGUGCGCAUGGAAGACGAUGCCCAAGUGGGCCAGGGCGAGGAUCUGCGGAAGUUCAUCCUCGCGGCCCUCAGUGCCAGCCAUAGAAAUGUUGUAAACUGUGCUCUGUGCCACCGAGCGCUCCCGGUGUUCGAACAGUUCCCACUGGUGGACGGAACUCUGUUCCUAAGCCCAUCGAGACACGAUGAGAUUGAAUAUGAUGUUCCUUGUCACCUUCAAGGGAGACUCAUGCACCUGUAUGCAGUGUGUGUGGACUGCCUGGAGGGGGUGCACAAGAUCAUCUGCAUCAAGUGUAAGUCCCGGUGGGAUGGCAGCUGGCACCAGCUGGGCACCAUGUACACCUACGACAUCCUGGCCGCCUCGCCUUGCUGUCAGGCUCGCCUGAACUGUAAGCACUGCGGGAAGCCGGUGAUCGACGUGAGGAUUGGGAUGCAGUACUUCUCCGAGUACAGCAACGUCCAGCAGUGUCCGCACUGUGGGAACCUGGACUACCACUUUGUGAAGCCAUUCUCCUCCUUCAAAGUCCUCGAAGCUUAUUGAUGAAAGCUUUGCUUUCGUAAUAGCUAUUUUAUUGAUAUUCUUACUUUGUUACAUAUCUUUUAUAGGGAAACAUUCUGUGACAUUAAUUUCUUUUCUAAUUUUGAGGACAGCUACUUUGUAUAUGUGUGCCACUACAAUGGGGGCCACCCCUUGCGCUUUCUGAUUCCUGAGUGUUUGUCUGUGGUCAUGACCAGAGCCCGAAUGGGUAAUCCUGUGAGUUUGGGAUAGUGGUUCACCAUUGUGAAGAGUCUUUGAUGCAGCUUUAAGGUGGUGGGGAGGAUGAGGAGAAUUUAGGAAAGGGAUUAUGUGGUUACAAGCUAAAAGCAUGGUAGGAGUUGGGAGGAAACUCUCACUAAAGUGUUAACUGUCUAAAGACUGACUUGUAGCUCUUCCCUGGGCCCUGGGAAGAAUUUGUGACAAGUGAAUGUAAGUCUGUCCCUGGAGAGCUGAGUGUAUUAGUCUCUCGGCUUAGUGUUCUGCAGCACACAUUGACAUGAAAUUCACCCUCAUUGACAGAGUGCUUGAAAGUGGACCUGAGUGCUGUAUCCAUCACUGUUGUAAUUUAACCGUCAGUUUUCCAUACUAAAAACAAUGUCCAAAUUAGAAGACAUAGGAGAGCUAUUUAUGUGACAAAUAUUUUUAGCUAAGCUGACCUAUAGCAGGAUUUAUCAAAGAAAUUCAGAAAUGACGCACACUGAUUUGAGAGGACAGAAAUCCAUAAAUGUGCCAUUUAAUUAUGUCUUUGAGGUUGGUCAAAAUAGCCCUUGAAGGAGAUGCAUAAAUAGCACGAUUUGGGCGGUAACGAUCUGUACAGUCGCUCUGUCAGUGUACCAUUGAUGUCAGAUUCUUCUCACAGGUAAACCUCACAGCCACAGAACGUAACUGGUGAGUUUCAGAACCAGUCAUUGCCACUCAUUAUCUUCUUCAAAAUUGCUUAUGGCCACCCUUUUACCCAUUUAAUGCUGAGUUUCCAGAAUCGAAGAUUUGACCCAAGAAGGGAAAGGAAAUAUUUUUUGAGAGGAUGGUAAGGAAAUUAAUAGUUUUAAUAUUUGUAGUUAAGUGUAUUUCACUUUGGAAAAACACUGGUAGUAAUGCGUAACCUGUAACCCAUUGCCACUGAAUCGAUGCUGACUCUUAGCAACCCAAUAGGACAGAGUAGAGCUGCCCCAUAGGGUUUCCAAGGAGCAGCUAGUAGAUUCGAGCUGCCGACCUUUUGGUUAGCAGCCAGACUCUUAACCAUCAUGCCACCAGGGCUGCAUAAUGCAUAACAAUAUAUUUAAAAAAUACAUCAUUAUAAAGAUCCCCAUUAUACCUUAAACAGUUGCCACUGAAUCGAUUCCAACUCAUGGCGACCCCAUGUGUGUUAGAGUAGAACUGUUCUCCAUAGGGUUUUCAAUGGCUAAUUUUUUGAGGGUGAUUGCCAGGCCUUUCUUCUGAGGCACCUCUGAGUGGAAUUGAACUUCCAGCCUUUCAGUUAGCAGGUAAACACAUUAACCCCAUUAUACCUUACCAUAGGUGAAAAAAGAUGUUAAUACAAAGGGCUUGAUCAGUUAGAUCAUUGGCCUUUCCAGAAUUCAGCCUUCUUGUGAUUUAAAUGAACUCAUAUCCCAUACAUUUAUAGAACUGGAACUGGAAUAUGACUUCUCAAAAAUGUAUCUGAUGAUUUCAAGUGUGAUAUGCGUACAUACUAAGAGUAUGCUGAAAAUAUCAUCAUGUUUUAUGGAUAGCCAAAUUGAGACAUUUUUUAUUACUCAUUUGGCUUAUACCAUUUUUUUCUUAGUGAAACUGUGGAUUUUCCCUGCAGAAGUGUUUUAGGCAUUACUGUGACUUUCAGUUCUACUACAUGAAAUAUUUGAUGUUUUUGAAACAGCGCAGCCUUAAAGAUGCAUUGACUAAUAUUCUUCAUCUCUCAGUUUGGAUGCUUGUCACUUGGUUUGCUGCAUCUGGCAUGGUGCUUGAUGAGCUGAACAAUAUUUCCCAGUAGGGGAAAAGCUCAAAAUGCCUGUGAGAAAAAGCAUCAUCACUGGUCUGCUAGUGUCUGACAUAACUAAAAGAGGUACACAGGACAGAGCCCUCGCAAACUUGUCUUUAAUGCGCAAAGCUGUAAUUGUGAAUUAGCUCUUGCCUUACUGGCUCUCUCAUGUACCCAAAUAUAAAAACUGGUAAGUUUCCCUUGUCUUUAGAAUACUAUUUGGCAUUUAUUUCUGAAUUUAAAAUGAAUAGUAAAAUACUUGUAACGCUGUUCUUUAACCCAGCUAAACUUUUAUAGUGAAACCUACUUAUGUUGUCCUGAAGCUUAGUUUUCCUGAAAGAUUGCAUUCAGCAAAUUCUUUGGUCUAAAACCUCUGUGGGUAUAGUGUUUGCUCCAGUUUAAUGUUUUCUCCUUAUCUUGUUUUUCACUCCUUAAAAAAUAAGUUGUGAUAACGUUUCACUGUAACUGGGUAAGAUUUUCUUGAGACCUUUAUUUUGAUGAUAAAAUUAGGAGUCUGUGGAUGCUGCCGUUAUGUAAAAAGAGGGCAGAGGUGUCACACUUGAGCAUUUAUUUUUUGCCUUUAAGGUGUUAACAUUCUUGUUUAAAAGGGAAAAAAAAUUGGCUGCCUCGCAAAUAAAAUAAAACCGAAUCUGCAACGCUGUGAAGAUAAAUCUUAUUUUGGAAAUCUGCUGACUUUGGUAUUUUCCCAAAGUCUUCUCAAAAUACUUUGCUCUGAGUACCUUGAUGGGAAUUGGAAUAUGUCAGAAAAGAUGAUUAUUUUUGUAGUGGCUAGGAUAUUAAAGGAUGUUAGUCACCCAAGAGACCCAAUUUCUGCAUUUCUGAUGUUCAGUUCAAUAGUAUGAACCACUCUUAAUAAUUUCAAAUUGAUUUUUCAGCUACUCUAACAUUUCCUUUUUUUUUUUUUUUUAUCAUUUUAAGAAUUAUAUACCCUGAGCAAAUAAAAUUGUCUACUCAAUUAACUAAAAUUGUUUACUGAGAAGACAAUUCCUGAUGUCUGACCAUUUUCUUUUCAAGCCGCCUCAGCUCUCUGUUCUGUUCUGGUUGCAUCUGAAGCAGCUGAUGUGCUGGGUUUGCACCUUAAAAGAUACCCUUUGUGCUGUGAAAUCGGGAAACAAGUUACCCCGUCUUUAUUAAGGAAGAGUUUUCCCCAGACAUCCUUUAAUUUCUAGUAUUUGUUAAAAGAGAUUCAUUUUCUGAAUUAAAGAUAUUUUCGUACCUGUUUGGAAAAAUUAACUCAUCAAGUGGGAAUAAUAGGUGUUGAACCUUAAAACUAACAGGUAUACUGAUGUGUUAACAGAAUAAACCACCAGAACUAACUUGCUGAAAUCUUUUGUUUAGUCCUGCAAGAACAGUGCUUAACCUGCAGUCUCUGCUCCUGUGUGCAGGUCAGUAACUCCAGUCUGCUUUUCUUUUAGCCCCAGGUAGCAGCCCUUGAGUACUUUUUGAUGGAAGUUGGGGACGAAGUGGGGAGAAAGUGCUCCCGUUCAUUGUUGUGAGUCCUACAGUAGGAUAUUGCCUGACCCAGUUCAUCUCUAUGUACCCUUGGCUUUAUUAUCAUUCCAGGUAACUGAAAGACGGACACCAUUGAAACCAGCUCAAAAAUACAUUCUUGUCAGUAAAGAUUUCUUGUCAAGAUGUCUUGGAUUGCACUUUUGUUGAGGGAAGACGCUGUAAAUAGUUAAAGAAUGUUGAUGAAGCUGAAACAUUUGGUUAUGGAAUUGUGUGUGGUGUUAGAGGGUUUCUGUUUGUGAAAUGUAUGUAUUAAAAAUAAUAAAAUUGCAGAAGCUAACAUUGUA